UAUAGGGAGGAAGAGAUCGCGCGCGUUUUGUACGUUUUGCUUCGCGACACUGACUACAGCAGUCGCGAAGUCGCGCUUGCUUUCGGAAAAAAGGAGGAAUCACAGCCGCCGAGUCCACUGAGUUCCUGUGAGCGAUGGCUCCACCGCAUUGAUGGAUGUGGCCGUGGCUCGCGGGCCUGAUCCUCGCAGUGGUUACGACCGAGGCCCACGGAGCUGCCAGGCAAGCUGUGCAAGGCGACAACGAGGACGAAGAUCUGGCCCGGAUGUACGCCUGCUACGCAAACUACCUCGUUACCCAAAUGUAUAACAGAGUAGCGAACGCUGAUUGGAACUACGCCAGCAACCUCACGGAGUACAACAAGAACAACAGCGUGAAGGCGAAUCUGGAGAUGCAGAAACUGGAGAAGGAAGUCUGGAAAAAUGUCACCAAGUACAAAUGGACAAAGUUCGAGGAUCCGGUGACGCGAAGAAUUUUCGAAAAAUUGUCAGUUCUGGGCACUCCCCUUCUGAGCGGUGACAAGCAAAAAGAGCUCCUGAACAUAAUUGCAGAAAUGGAAGAAAACCAUGCUUCGGGAAAGAUAUGUCCUUUUCUCCGAAAAACUAACACGUCAGAAGAAUGCAACUUGUCUUUAGAACCAGAGAUCAAAAACAUCCUCACGGACUCCCGGAAUUACUGCGAGCUUCAGCACGUAUGGAACGAGUGGCGGAAGGUUGCGGGGAAGCCUAUGAAGCGGAGGUACCUGCGCUACGUGAGACUCAUGAACGAAGCGGCCAGGCUGAACGGCUUCAAGGACGCGAGCGGCCUCUGGCAGGACGUGUACGAGUACGAAGGCCUCGAGGGGAACAUGGCGAAGCUGUGGAAGCAGCUGUUGCCGCUCUACCAGGAGCUGCACGCGUACGUGCGCAGUAAGCUGCGUGCCAUCUACGGCCCGGACAAGAUUUUAGAAGACGGACCCAUCCCGGCACACCUGCUCGGUCACAUCCACUCUCAAGAUUGGAUUGCGUUAACCAAAAUCAGCCGACCAUACCCGAACAAACCUGCAGUUGACGUCACAGGUGCCAUGAAAGAAAGGAACAUGACGGUUCUCGACAUGUUCAAGAUGUCUGAGGAGUUUUUCACCUCGAUGGGCCUCCCACCAAUGCCUCAAACAUUCUGGGAGCGGUCGGUGCUGAUAAAGCCGACAGAUAGAAAGAUUGUGUGUCAUGCUUCGGCUUGGGAUUUCUACAUCGGCAAGGAUGUAAGGAUCAAGCAAUGUACGGAAGUGAAGAUGGAUGAUCUGCUCACUGUGCACCAUGAAAUGGGCCACGUUGAGUACUACCUCAAGUAUGCCAAGCAGCCGGUCUUCUUUAGGACUGGUGCGAAUCCUGGUUUCCAUGAGGCUAUUGGAGAUACUAUUGCUCUCUCUGUGGCCACGCUAAAGCAUCUGAAGGCCGUUGGCCUGCUGACAGACAGAAUGGAGGACAAAGAAACGGACAUCAACUAUCUGCACAGUAUUGCCAUGAGCAAAGUGGCUGUCAUCCCCUCGGUUUACAUUUUUGACCUCUGGCGGUGGAACGUGUUUAAGGGCAAGUACAAGCCACGACACUACAACAAGGCUUGGUGGACCCUGCUACUGAAAUACCAAGGAAUUUGUCCUCGUGUCCCACGAGCCCGCGAUGACUUCGACCCACCAUCGAAAUACCACAUAUCUGCCAACGUACCAUACAUAAGGUAUUUUGCAAGCAUCGUAUUGCAGUUCCAGUUCUACAAGGCACUUUGUGAAGAAGCCAAUCACACUGGCCCAUUGUACAAGUGCGACUUCUACAGAUCGAAAAAAGCUGGAAAAUUAUUUGGAGAUGUAAUGGAGCUGGGAUACUCCAAACCAUGGCCGGAAGCCUUGGCCAUGCUAACCAAAGGCAGGACGAGAGAAAUGGAUGCCAGUGCACUGUUGGAGUACUUCGAACCACUCUAUAUAUGGCUCAAGGAGUACAACAAGGGAACGUACGUUGGCUGGAGGAACGCCAACCCGACUGCUUGCCCAACAGCUACGAGAAUGUGCCUUAGAAAGCGAGAAGGCAAAGACAGGAAAGGGAUAGAGGUCAACCAGAAGAGCACCUAGGAAGUGUAAAUAAGCGGGGCUCAACACCCCAGUUACCUUUUUGAGUAAUUUGCUUUGCGGUCUACAUUUCAAGACCUAUAAAGUUCCUCACACUUCUCA